AUGAAUCCAAGCAAAAUCGAGGACCUCUUCCACCACCUCGGCCCGCCACCGGCCCGCCGUGACCAUCACCACCGCUACCAGUUUACCGACCCCGCCCACCCGCCCAUCGACGGCGACGCCUUCUCGCUUGCCGGGAUCGAUAUUUUCCGCGAUGUUGACGAAGAUUACGACGACGACGCCAGCAACACCUCCUCGGACGCCGAGAUUCCCGUCCCCAUCCCGAACGGCCGCGCUGUGCCCGCCCGCAGCCCUAAGCUGCAGGACCCUCCGCCGCCGAUCGACCGCGGCAAGAGGCCGAUUCAGCAGCCCCCUGUUCGAAUUAGCCCCGAGCCCCAUGUUUCCGCCCAAUUCUACACCUUCAAUAGGGAUUCGCAUGCCCUAAUGAUUCGAUGCCUGAUCGAGGGGCGGACGGCGACGACGGAAGAAAUCCGAGCGGUGAAUCCGCCUCCGCUGCUAUCCACCUGGCGCUCGGUAUGGAAAGAUCGAAACGUUGACACGGCCUAUCUGACGGCGUGGAAGCGCAUACAGGAUAAGCUCACCGUCAACGUGUCGGAAUCCGCUGCCUCAGUCGCCGGUAACGGAACUCAUUUCCUCUGUUUCAAAAAUAAUCUCGGCCAAUUCGUCUCGCAUAUUGAUCAGUGGCAGGACAUUGUCAUGUCUUUCCAUUGCGAUCCCGAUAUCCAGCACUUAGGGUUAAAAGAUACUAUAGAGAGAGUUAAGCAGGUCUGGACCGUGGGGGCCAAAUAUUAUGGCAUACCCGAGAGUUAUAUCAAGACAUGUGUGGCUGCUUGUCCUUUAUGCCUGGAUGAGUCCUCUGGCUGCGCACCAAGGUCCAAGAAGCGUAAAUUUGAAUACACGGAGUCUCUCGAUGUUCCCGCCAAGGAAGUGCAGGCGAGGUUGCAACAGCUGGCAGCCAAGCACAAGGUCGUGCUGUGCAUAAGGCAGAAAUACAUUAGGUACAAGCCAUUUAUGGCUGAGGUUAAGGAUUACGCAUGCCACAGGGCAGGCGAGCCUGCGAAAAAGCCUCGGUUCCUCAAAAGGGAGCCAUAUGCUUCCAAACGAUGUGGUUGUCAGUUUCGUAUAAGGGCGAUAGUACCAAUAUCAAACUAUAAUGAAAAGGAAAAGACAUUUGUAUAUGAGGAAGAGGGAACAGCUAUGUUUAAGCUUUAUGCGGUGCAUUCAGGGCACGAGCCGGGGCCAUUGGAUGGGAAUGCAAGGAUCAUGCAUCGAGUGUUUGGGCACAAAGGGGUUGUUUUGAUGGAUCAGGAGACUUUGUACGGGAUGGCUGAUGAUGGGGAAACCGAGAGUUUUGGGUUCUCGGGAAAUAAAUCGGGAGAUCUGCAGAAUACGCUUUUGCAGCAGGUCCAGGAAUUGAGAAAUGAGUUGGGUUUGCUGGAGGGUAGGAUUGGGAAAAUGCCUCCCUCGUUGCUGGAUACCGUGUCAAGUGAGCUUUUUGAAAUUGUGAAUAAACUUAGAAAUGUUGGGGACGAUGGUUCAAAAUCUGUUGCGUUGCUGUCGGAUAAGCAGGAUCUGGAUGAUGUGUUAGUCGUGGAGCAUGAUUUGCCGGAUUGGGUUGAUGACCAUCACACAAGGAUCUAUGGGGCUGCUAAGGAUGCGGAUGGUUUGGAAGAUGAUGAGGCCAGCUUUGGAAGAACUCUCGGGGAAGUUGCUUCUUGGAAUGAAAUGAGGAUAGAAGGCGGGAAUGGGAAGGACAUCCUUCAUGAGAACUAUAAAGAAGAGAAGUGGUUUAACUGUGGCGACUUUGAUCAGAAGGGUAAUAUUGAGUGCAGUAACCCUAAGCUGAUCAAGCCCUUAAGACAUGACGAGAUAAUAAGCUCAGAUGCAGUAGGUCUUGCUGAUAUACAGGUAAACAGCUUCUACCCUGAAAACCCAAAAUGGUUUUUCUCUCCUGGUGGAUUGGAUACCGGAGCUGAUUGUAGUGACGGUGGGUUUAGACAUGGGGAGAUAAUGUAG